GUGACAGGCGAGAGCCGAUCCAGCCCAAUGACGAAGCAUCUAGCGUAGUAAAAACGCGCGUUUACUCCACGCACGUAUAAAUAACAUUUUUUUUGCAUUACAUAAUAUCCACCUACUUUUAUUUCUCCCUCCUCUCAGUACUUUGCUCUCCGCCAUCACAAAUCCCUCUCUCAAAUUCAAAAUUUUGAGCUCCAUCAAACCCUAGCUUUCUCUCUCUAACUAUCUACAAAUGAAGAAAGGCACGAAGAGAAAGGCUGGCCGCAAAGGGGGAGCCGCCAAAUCCAAUGUGGUUAUGAACGAUGCUAGCCAAACCGUAGAAGAGAACAACCACCAGGAGCCGGAGCCGGAGGCGAAGGCAACUGAAAGUCAAUCUGGAACGAAUGAUAAGCCUGUGGCGGCGGAAGAAGAAAGCAAGAAAGCUGACGCUGCUAGCAAUCCGGUUGAGAAGGAAACAAAGAAGAAGGAUGAGUCAAAGCGACCAGCUAAGCGAGCCAGAGUUGCGAAGCCGCAAGAAGAGCCUGAGUACUUUGAGGAGAAACGUAAUUUGGAAGAUCUAUGGAAAGAAAUGAUUCCUAUUGGUACAGAGUGGGAACAGAUUGACCUGGUUUACCGGUAUAAUUGGAGUUUUAAGAAUCUGGAAGAGGCACUUGAGGAAGGCGGGGUGUUGUAUGGGAAGAAAGUGUAUCUCUUUGAAUGCACAGAGCCACAAUUUAUUCCUGUCCAGGGUGCACACAAACUGGUUGUCAUACCUGUUGUGGUGGCUGCAGCAUCUCCUUUUCCACCUUCUGACCAAAUUGGGAUUGCCUCAGUACAGAGGGAGUCUGAAGAUAUUGUGCCUAUGAAAAAAAUGAAAAUGGACUGGAUUCCUUAUAUCCCACUAGAAAAUCGGGGUCGUCAAGUAGAAAGACUUAAGAACCAAAAACAUGAGACCCAAAUUUUCAUUCUAGGCUGUACACAAAGAAGGGCUGGAUUGAAACAACUGAAUGAAGACCGUGUGAAGAAGUUUCAAUAUUGUUUGCCUUAUUUCUAUAAUCCCUUCAAGGAAGAUGAAGAGGUUGACAAAACAGAUGUAUCCAUCAUGUAUCCUACAGAACCACCGAUAGUCUGUGAAUUUGAUUGGGAAUUGGAUGACCUUGAGGAGUUCACGGACAAGCUGAUUGAAGAAGAUCAAUUACCUGCUGAUCAGAAGGAGGAAUUCAAGAAAUUUGUUAAGGAGAAGGUUCGAGAAGUCAGAAAGGCCCAGCGUGAGGCUAAGGAAGCUAGGAAAAAAGCAUUGGAAGAAAUGAGUGAAGAAAAAAAGACUGCAAUUCAGAGUAUGAGGUUCUACAAAUUCUAUCCGGUUUCCACUUCCGAUACGCCUGAUGUAUCUAGUGUCAAGGCUCCCUACAUAAACAGAUACUAUGGGCGAGCUAAUGAAGUUCUGUGAGGAGACUGCAAAGAUGAAGGGUCGUUAAGACACUUAGUAAUUCUCUGGCAUUGCCAUCUGGGCAAUCCCCUGCUACCGAAAGGAGUUGAGUUGCUGUUGUUAAUACUGUUGAUCAAUUGGCGGUGUUAGAUUUCUUGCCAUUUAAGAUGUAAAACUAAAGAGUUUUAGUCCAAUCAGGAAUUAGAGAAAACGUUAUAGUUGGAAGAGAAAGAUAACACCCUUUUUGUAUGUGAUACAACAUAUCAAAGCUCUCAAUUUUGGAAAGAUUGUUACAAUUUUCCCAAUACAUUGCAAUUGAGUGUUCUCCCUGGCUUAUUCUCAAACUAUUGCCAUAAGUUCUGUUGGCAUCCUCUGCACA